UCUAUAGCGGAAGUGGGAACUGAGCCAGUUCUGUUUUUAUUCCUACCCUUUAGCCUAUGUUGUGACGAUAAGGAUAAAGUCAGUGGAUAAGGAUCAUACCAUUACACCCCCCUGUUUGAAGUACUUAAUCACGUCUGAAGAGGAAUUGAUUAGACACUAUCGGAUGUUUGUUGGCUUGCGACCAUUGAUACCAUAUUUAUUUUCAAUGUUCAUCGCCAACCGUUGAGAUUUGGAGACUUAAGAAUAAACUCCUGAAGGCCAGGAGUCGCCGCUCCAAAAUGGCCACAGUAGGAGAGCAAGUGCAAAUCAGCAACCACACCAUCGACAAGGUGACCAAGGCGAAGGUCACCCUCGAGAACUACUACACCAACCUCGUCUCUCAAAAUGAUGAGCGAGAAUGCAGGUACCGUCUGCUUGAAAGGACAAUGGACGAGGAGGGAUUGUCAGAUGAGCAGAAAAGUGAACGUCGGCAGCAACAUGCUGUCAAGGAGACGGAGUUCCUGCGACUGAAACGCUCACGACUGGGCGUUGAUGACUUUGAGUCCCUCAAGGUCAUCGGACGAGGCGCUUUCGGCGAGGUCUGUGUGCUUUAUCAGGGUGUGGCAGAUUGUUUGGAAAAUUGUUUACCCUUAUUCAACUUAUUGUCAGGAAUCAUUUUGCUGUUGCUCACCACGUCUUUCCUCCCAUGUUGGUUCACCAUGCUCUGGCUCACCACUCUUUCCUCCCAUGUUGGUUCACCAUGCUCUGGCUCACCACUCUUUCCUCCCAUGUUGGUUCACCAUGCUCUGACUCACCACGUCUUUCCUCCCAUGUUGGUUCACCAUGCUCUGGCUCACCACGUCUUUCCUCCUAUGUUGGUUCACCAUGCUCUGGCUCACCACGUCUUUCCUCCUAUGUUGGUUCACCAUGCUCUGGCUCACCACGUCUUUCCUCCUAUGUUGGUUCACCAUGCUCUGGCUCACCACGUCUUUCCUCCUAUGUUGGUUCACCAUGCUCUGGCUCACCACGUCUUUCCUCCUAUGUUGGUUCACCAUGCUCUGGCUCACCACGUCUUUCCUCCCAUCUUGGUUCACCAUGCUCUGGCUCACCACGUCUUUCCUCCCAUGCAGGUUGCCCACGUGAGGGCCGAGCGGGACAUCUUGGCGGAAGCAGACCAUCAGUGGGUGGUCAAGAUGUACUACUCCUUCCAGGAUGCCAGUAGCCUCUAUCUCAUCAUGGAGUUCCUACCGGGAGGUGAUAUGAUGACACUUCUGAUGAAGAAGGACACACUUUCUGACGAGCAGACGCAGUUCUAUGUUGCCGAGACAGUCCUGGCCAUCGAGUCCAUCCAUAAGCUUGGGUUUAUCCACCGGGACAUCAAGCCAGACAAUCUGCUGCUGGACACAAAGGGCCAUGUCAAGUUGUCUGACUUUGGUUUGUGUACUGGCAUGAAAAAGUCCCACAGGACGGAUUUCUACAAAGACUUGUCUCACACAAACACUUCCAACUUUGGCAAAGAUAUAGCAAAUGGCAAUCCAAUGGAUUCCAAGAGAAAAGCUGAAAGUUGGAAGAGAAAUAGGAGAGCGCUGGCCUAUUCGACCGUUGGCACGCCCGACUACAUUGCUCCUGAAGUGUUUAUGCAAACUGGUUACUCCAGCUCCUGUGAUUGGUGGUCUCUAGGAGUCAUCAUGUAUGAGAUGCUUAUAGGCUACCCUCCAUUCUGCUCAGAGAACGCACAAGAAACCUACCGAAAAGUCAUCAACUGGAGAGAAAUGUUGGUCUUCCCUCCGGAGAUGCCCAUCUCCAACGAGUCCAGAGAUCUCAUAAAAAGAUUUUGCUGUGAUCCAGAGCACAGGAUUGGUGCUAAUGGUGUGGAAGAAAUCAAGGCUCAUCUCUUUUUCCGUGGGGUAGACUGGGAGCAUAUCAGGGAGCGCCCAGCCUGUAUUCCAGUAGAUGUGAAGGGCAUCGAUGAUACCUCUAACUUUGAUGAAUUCCCAGAGAUUGAUUUGAAACUUCCUUCCCAGCCGGAGGAGGAGCCACGUGAGGUCAAGUACAAGGACUGGGUUUUCUUCAAUUACACCUUCAAGCGCUUCGAGGGACUCACCCAGCGGGGGCCUCACCCCUCGCACCCUCCCCUGCACAAGAGUUGAGGUGGGGGGGGAGACAGGGAGGGAGACAGAGAGCUGGCAGAGCUGCAAGUCUCCACCACUCAGAGUUGGUCCAACAGUACCACACCUGCCCACCCAUCCCCUUUCACUUGUAUUUCAGAGCAGUAAAAGCUGUGUGAAGUCUUGAUAGAGUGUCAGGUUCUGGGAGAGUGGUGGCUGCAUGGUGUGUGUGACGAAGGAUUCUCUCUGUCCAAAUUCAGCUCUGUCCAGCCAGUGCAAUGUUUCAUACUCUUCUGUGCAGAUUUUUAAAAAGUCUUUUCCAAGCUUUGAUUUCUUUUGUUCGUAGGUCGUUGUUGGUGUCUGGUAGAGGAGGUGCUGCCUGGAGAACUGAAUAUCGUUUUUGUCAACUUUUGUAAGAGUUGCUGUGUAGAAAAAACUGAGAACAGUCGCAACUUUUUGAAGAGUCUUAAGGUUGGAGACAAAAAUGGGAAAUGUUAACUUUUGUUACGGAUUUGAUGCUAAUGUUUUGAGAAAUAAAACCAGAAACUUUGGAAGAGGUUAGAGGUUGCUGUCCAGAGUACUGAAACUUUGUAAACUUUUGGUAGUAGUCAAUUAUUGGAGAAAAAAAAUUAAACUAAACGUAUGCUCAAGUUUGAAGUUGAUACCUUUUUCGAAAUAAUUAAAGUUAGUUCCAUUGUAAUGAGAGAAAUCAAACCAUUUCCUGGCAACUGUUUCGUGGAGUUGAGAGGAGCAGCCC